AACUUAUUAUUAUUCUCAAAUUGUUGUGUUAUAGACAUCAGACAAUUUUCUAAAAAUAAGAAAAAAUAUUUCAUUCGUUAAUCAUGGAUCUUACUGGUAAAAAUGUAGUUUUCGUAGCCGGUUUGGGUGGAAUCGGUUUUGAGGCCUGUAAACAACUUAUGACCAGAAAUGUUGCUUAUUUGAUCGUAUUGGAUGUGAUGGAAAAUGCCAAAGCUGUACAAGCCCUGCAAGCCAUGAAUCCCAAAACAAAAGUUAUGUAUAUGAAAUUCGAUGUCACCGAUAAAACAUCCAUUAAAAAUACAUUCAACCAAAUUGUCAGCACCGUGAAGUACAUUGAUGUGUUGGUAAACGGCGCAGGUGUCAUUGCUGACCGUAAUAUUGAACUCACCAUUAAUGUUAAUUUGAUUGGCCUUAUUAAUACCACAAUGGAGGCUCUUCCUUACAUGGACAAAGCCCAAAAAGGACGCGGUGGUGUGAUAUUGAACAUUGCUUCGGUUUUGGGCUUAGAGCCAUGUUCACCAAUUGCUGUCUACAGCGCAUCCAAAUUUGGUGUUGUCGGAUUCACACGUUCCUUAUCGGAUCCUUAUUAUUAUAACCGUUCUGGUGUUGUAAUAACUGCACUUUGUCCUGGACUAACUGAAAGUCCAAUGACAGCUAACCCAAAAAUUAGUGAUACUUUCGAAUAUUCGAAACCUUUAACCGACCAAAUAUUUUCGGCUUACCGUCAACCGGCUGCCAAAGCUGGCGAACAUUUGGUGAAAAUUAUUGAGAUGGCACAAAACGGAACAAUGUGGAUUAGUGAUAGAAUGACAAUGACAAAGGUUGAACCCAAACUUUUCUGGCAGCCUUGAAGAGUUGAUGUCUUCAGUUGUAAAUACCUAUACACUAUUUACUAUAAGAUAAACAUUUUUAUAUUUGAUAUUAUUAAUUAACUAAAUCGUAAAUAAAAUUUUUGGGUGUAAUUAGAAAGUAAAUAAAAUUAAA